AACUCAUUUUUUCAACAAGGUGAUCUAAAAUUUUCUUAUUGUGAUUAAAAAUAUAUUAUUUUGAUUUGUCCCUAAUUACACGAACAUCCCUACAACAUCAACAAUCAUUCACCAUUCCCAGCCAACUUCAGCGAAACAGAGCCUAUAUCUAACACUGGAAAGCCUCUAAUAGCUGGAAUCUCAGUAUGAGUAAGGAUCACAGUAGCUCAAAAAGCUCCCGUAGUAAAAGUCCUCGCCGAAGACGUAGAUCCAGAAGUAGAAGCUGGGAUAGAAGCAGACACCAUGGAAGACCUUGGAGAUCUCCACCUCGUUGGUCGGAUCGAUGGAGUAAUGGUCGACGUGACAGAUAUGGUGAUAGGUCUCGUUCAAGAAGUCCAAGAAAAUAUAAUGAUGAAUUACCUCCAGAAGAGAGGGAUCAGCGUACUAUUUUUGUUAUGCAACUCGCUGCUCGAGUCCGGUCUCGUGAUUUGGAAGAAUUUUUUUCUGCGGUUGGUAAAGUCAGAGAAGUGAGAUUGAUAAUGGAUAAUAAAACUAGACGACACAAGGGUAUUGCCUACAUUGAGUUUUAUGAUAUCAGCUCUGUUCCCUUGGCUUUAGCCUUGAAUGGGCACAAACUUUGUGAUUAUCCUAUCAUCAUUCAGCCAACACAAGCUGAAAAAAAUCGCGCCGCUGCCUCAGUACAAAGAGGAGUCUCUGGUCCUAUGAGACUCUAUGUAGGUUCACUCCACUUUAACAUAACCGAAGACAUGUUGAGAGGCAUUUUCGAGCCUUUCGGCAGAAUCGAUAAAAUAGAAUUAAUGAAAGAUCCCGAAACUGGUCGUUCUAAAGGCUAUGGUUUCAUUACGUUUCAUGACGCCGAAGACGGCAAAAAAGCACUUGAACAAUUAAAUGGCUUCGAGCUAGCUGGUAGACCAAUGAAAGUAAAUCAUGUCACAGAGCGCACCGAUGGACUCAUUCAAGGUCCCUCCAUCCUGGACAGUGAUGAGCUCGAUAGGACAGGAAUCGAUCUAGGGACAACUGGAAGACUUCAACUUAUGGCUAAACUAGCUGAGGGUACUGGAAUAGAACUGCCCAAAGCAGCUGUUUCUGUUCUUCAAAUGGGUCAACUUGAAGUUCAACUUUCUCACGUUAAUUGAGAUUCAGUCAUAAAUAUCAUCCGAUUGUGUCUCUAAUCAACCACCAAUGGUCAAUGGCUUGUUUAACUCAUCUUUAACUUAUUGAUCAAUCUGAUGGUUUGUUUAAGCAGUAACAACUCUGCAUUGCUGUCAGUAGAGCUGAAGCUGUUAAAAAAAGCUCUCGAUCAAUUGAUCAAUUUAAUCGAUCAAUUACUCAGUAAUAAUUAUGAUUGCUAAUUACGAUUGAUAAUUAUGACUGCUUUUAAAUCUUUCAAAGCAAAAGAUAAUAAUUAAAUAAAGAUUACCAUAAAAAUUAAA